GCAAGAUGGGUCACCAGCAGCUGUACUGGAGCCACCGGCGAAAAUUCGGCCAGGGUUCUCGCUCUCGUCCUGUCUGUUCAAACCGGCACGGUCUGAUCCGGAAAUAUGGCCUCAAUAUGUGCCGCCAGUGUUUCCGUCAGUACGCGAAGGAUAUCGGUUUCAUUAAGUUGGACUAAAUGAUCUUCCUUCAAAGGGUCAUCCAAGGCAUCUACUCAAUGAAAAA